AACGAUAAUCCAUUGCCCAACUGACUCUCACAUUUAAGUGUGUAACUGCAGUGUGAUGUCUGAAUUUUGAAAGCACCAUGAUUGUUAUUGAUUACUAUUGUGAUUACUCCAACAAUCAGUGUGCCAGGGUCUGCAUGUUAGGGCUUGAAUUAGGAGCUUUGUCAGCUUUUGUCAAGUGGAAAUAUGGCUCUUUAGACUGAUGCUGACGCUUGAAGACACAGAAAGCCAAUCUACAAGCCUAAUUGCUGCAAGGGACAAAGUUUAGCAGUUUCCAGAGUGAAAGAAAUGCAGCCAGGAAACAAUCUUCCCCCAUGGUAAUUACUGCUAAAUGAGGCUGAUGUGAAGCUGACCUGCUGUCUGGUUAGGGGUGUGGCAGAAUGCCCCAAACACAACGUCCAAUCACAAGUCUUCCCCCAAACCCUGGGAUCAGGACUCAUCAUUGGCUGAAAGUCCCGAAUGCAUGCCAGACUUUUUCCAGCACUAAGUCUGUCAGCUUCGUGACAACUUAAGCGAAGCUACUCCAGAUUCCCCUAUGACCGGGCGAUGCUUUUCCUCAUUCCAGGACCAGAAAAGUGUCUUAUGGAUUGUACCUAAAUUCUAAUAUUGAAAAGAGAAAGAAUGUCUGCUUCUGGGGACUUGAGAAAUGAGUUUUCCACAGAAGAGGAUGCGGAGUCAGCACAGCUGAAAGGGCGCAUGGCACAAGUGUCCUGUCUUCCCUUCAGCGUUGAAGCUCUCAUGUCGGAGACCAAGCCGCUGGCUGUGACCGACAGAGAAAAGGGAAAUUAUGAUUUGAAAGAGGAUGAUGCGCACAGGAUGGAUGAAUGCACCCAAAACUUAAUAUCUGUUAAAUCAGAACCACUGGAACAACGGGAAUUUCCAUCUUGGAUAUCCAACUCCAUUAAGAUUUCUGCUCCACCACGGCAGCGCAGUCCAGCAGUCUGCUCCUUGAGGAAGCACAAAACCAACCGGAAGCCUCGUACUCCCUUCACUACAAUGCAACUUCUGGCCCUGGAGAGAAAAUUUCGUCAGAAGCAGUACCUGUCCAUCGCAGAACGAGCCGAGUUCUCCUCCUCGCUGUCCCUGUCUGAGACCCAAGUCAAGAUCUGGUUUCAAAAUCGACGAGCCAAAGCCAAGAGGCUUCAGGAGGCCGAGGUAGAGAAACUCAAACUAGCAGCUGGUGUAGGCUCCAAAGCUGUGUUCUACCCAGGCUUCUCAUCCUUAGGUUUUCCCCUGCACACUGGUUCAGCAGGGCUCUAUGGACUGGGCUACACUUACGGCCGCACCCCUAUUCUCCCUGCUGCACAGCUGGCCAUGUAUGCCUCACAGGUCGGCUAUAGCCUUUUCCACCUCUCCUGAGACUAAAAUUAAAUAUACAGACAGAUUGUGCUUUAAAAAGGAAUGACUAGAGCGUAUCAUUAAAUCAUGCACCUUAUGCAAAACUUGUUUGCAAGUGACCUGAAGUGGACUUUAAGCUUCUUCCUUUGUCUUAAGGAGGAUUUAUAAAUGUUCUGCUAUUUGCAAGAGACUCUAUGGAAGGAUACAGCAUGUUGAAGAUUCCUCUUUGCCAUUUGCAAAAAGUUUCAAAUACCGGAGUGCUUAUUGUACAGACGUGCAGUUUGUCUUUUCUGCCCUUUAUCUAUCUCCUGAACGAUUCAAGUGUUUUUCACGUUACCCUUCAACAUGCAGGGAUA